AUGCGCUUUUGUUGGCCUGAGAACUGUGCGCGAUGCUUGACAAGUGUAGAUUUUGGCGGGAGUGCAAAUGGAUCUCGUACAGUUUGUCUCCACCAUUCGUCCAAGUGCUUGAGUUCAUCAUGUUUGGCUUUCACCAUUAUUCUUCUAUACAUGAAGCGCGAUCUUGAAUUGGACACAACCGCUUCCGGCGGCGACAGCGCAAAUUCUGCCGCUGAGAAACGACCUCGAACAAAUUCCUUGACGUCAACGCAACCGUCUGAUGUCAAAAUUGAUCUUCAAUGCCCCAGAGUAGCUUCAGUGCAGGAUCAUCAAAUACACCCCAUGGCCAUACUUGAGGCCAUCCGCCUGAAGCUACAGAACACUGUAGACCCUCAUUUACAGGGUUGUCUUUUACUUGAAUACAGCACAACUGCGGCUUCUCCGAGCGCUAAUACAGCAGCGGCGAUUGACUUUCUCUUUUCAUUUUUACAACAGAAUCAGACGCAGUCUACCACUCUCAGCGAGGAGAAAUUGUCCAAAGACGCCAGUAGUAGCGGAGCUAUAGUCGUGGGCGCCAUUGUGCGUGGUCUUCGACAGCUUUUGGCUGUCAAAGCAACUGUCGUAGAGCCUAUGAUCCAGGUGAAUGCGAUGGGUGAGCAAUUGAUGCAAUGUUUGAGUGUAGGGGAGGAUUUUAAGCUCCGUCGCGACAUGUUACGCAUUGUCGUGGACUGCCUUAUGUGUACUAAAAAGUAUGAUCAACUUAAGCAGCUCUUGCACAAGUGUGUGCACGAUCACGAUGCUGGCAUGCAGGCAAUUUGUCUCCGCACGUAUCUAAGGUUAUAUAACAAAGGAGAGUCUUUUGCUCUCGAGACGAUCUCGACAGAUGACGUUGCAGUCAGUGAGUUCGAUCUAUUAACAGGCUUUAUACUAUUUGGACAAAGCCACGAGGUCCAAGUGUUGGCAUCACAAGUGAUUGUGGUCCUUACAGAACUGUUCCCACGCUGUGAAGCUACGAACAGUCAAUAUUUUCCAUCUACAAUAGCUGCAAAGGUGACGCUGCUUUUGCCCGAAAAGAUUUUUUAUGUCUUGUGCAUGGCAGCCAAUGAUGCGUCAAAAGUGGUGCGAGCUGAAGUUGCGAGAUGUCUACGGCGUAUGUCUUGUGUGCAAAACAGUGAGGUCCUGGAGCACGCUUUUGUCAAGACACAGGUCGAUGAGGCUGUUGUUGACGUUGCUACAGAGAGUAGUGAGAUGAAUACACGUCGGAUGAUGUCGAGUGGCGUUUUGCUAUCGCUUUUGGAGGAUGUUGACGAGGAGGUCGCCAUUGAAGCCUCGCGUACUAUUGCCAGAUUGGGUGAAGUUACAGCACGUCGCACUAGUACAGCACGAUGGAGUCAGCGAGUCGUGGAACGCACAAUCACGGCGCAUUUUGACGUGCUUUCGCGUACAAGUAGGUCAAGUACAUCGCUACUGCGUCAAGUAUUCGUGAACUCCUUAAGUCGCUUGUUAGUGUGUCGGCACGUGCUUGGAUUGAGGACCGACAUGACCAUAUCUAGCACCGAACUGAAUUUUCUGCUGCAAAGUGACACAGAUGUUAGUCUACCCGCAGCUAUCGAGACCUUACGAGUGCUGCAAUACUAUGAUCUAUCAAGCACUUGGGUUGUCCAGCGAUUGGUAGACUACGUUUCGAAAAUAGGCACUUUGUUCAAUAGUUUUGAAGCCAAGAAUGAUUACACUUUGUUGGAUUGUUGGAAGCAAAGAUAUUUUAAUGCGGUGCAAGAUCUUGGUAAAAAGUGCGCUGAUGUGCUAAAGGUCGAUGACUCCUUGUUGGAUCCAGUGAGACAAGAGACAUCACAGCUUCAUGGUCGAGAUGAUAUCAUGAAACAGUCGUGUCAAGCCUUACUUUGCCACAAUGACUUUUCGAAUGGGAUCAAUAAGAAAGACAGUAACUUACCUUCAUCCGACGGAACUAGCCUAUUUUUCCUACAGAGUCCAUCAACUGGGUCGCAAACAGUGGAUCAGGCUUCUCAGGUGACGAAAUUUUUGGAUGCUCUUCAAGACCCUCCCUCGGAUGAAAAUCUGAAUGAGUCUUUGAAUACAAUUUGUCGCCUUCGUAAUGUAUUUGCUGCGGAGGAAACUUUUCAUUUUGUCGACGUUCUUGUCCGACUUCGGAAGCACUUGCGUUCAUUUCCCGAAGUAUCAACCACACUACCGUCGGCACCAUCAAAAUAUGUGCCCAUAUCGGCUAUGCUUAGCACAAGUCCUAGCGUGAGCUCAGAACACACGAACAUUGGUAGUGGAGAGGCAGAGGCGUUUGAGAGUUUGCGAAUAUGGAAUGAUUUGCGGAAGCAAUGCCAAGAGUUGGUUUAUGUUGCGUCCGGGGUGUAUGUGAAAGCUUUUGCUUUAAGUUUGUCACCUCGGAUUGAGUUACUUCAGCUAGUAAUGCUUGGAUCUAUUGGACUCGAGCUUGCAUCUCUGCAAAAUUCUACCGACAAUCUAACUAUCAUUGCAAAGCUGCGGUGGAUAACCAAGGAAGCGACGACUCGAUUGCACUUUCUAGUCGAGGAUGGCGAGCUUAAAGACAAAGCUUGGAUCCCGAUCGAAAUGCUGUCUGGCGCGAGCACACUAAACGACCUGAAGCGCGCUUUUGUUGCGUUCGUUCGUAAGGCAUGGCCCACAGCACUCAUCAAAUCUGCAAUAACUCGCUGUACACCUCCAACUGUCGGAGCUCGUAUCCAUUUUCGCCGUCUGGCUACCGCCCAUGCAUCAAUUAUAGAACCAAUCUCGAAUGUGCAUUUGAAGUUUGAGCCCCAAGAAAUUACAGCGAACUGGGCGUUUGAGCAGCGUGUUAACUUUGUUUUGACAAAUACGCGAGAUCUUACACAAGUGUAUGUCAGAAGCAUGCUUCCCGAUGGUGAAGUUGACUACCAUCAUGUACCAUUAACUUGUAUCUAUUCUCGGGGGCCACGCAAUCACUCGGUUGUUCACACAAUUACGCUAACUGUAUCACCUUUUUCGGAUCCAACCGCAUUUCAAAUUACUGUGUGCCUAGGUCACUCAAAACUCCCAGGAAUUGUCAAGCCAAGUAUUUCUAGUUCUGUCAACGCUCAUUCUCGAAUGUUCACCGAAAUUUCUGAUCCUGUUUGCGUACCAAUAUCUCACCGCACAAGCACCACGCUGCGGCAUGCAGCAACAAAAUAG